AUGGGGUCACCGGUCGUCUCACAACUGAGUCAUGACUAUUCCUUGUUACAGUCGAGUACGCCUGAGGCUCGCCGUUCCCAUUGUAAACAUGAUAUCCAGGCAGCUCCCGUUGUCGAUGUGCGGAAAUUCGCCAAUCCGGCACCGUUGGGCCUGUGUGCUUUUGCACUUACGUCUUUCCUUUCGAAUUGCAUUAAUCUUAAUGUGGGUGGUAUACAGGCUUCUGGGAUUAGUGUCUCUCUGGCUUUGAAUUAUGGGGGUAUUGCUCAGGUUUUGGCUGGCAUGUGGGAAAUGGCUGUUGGGAAUACCUUUGGUGCUACGUCUUUCUGCUCCUAUGGUGCCUAUUGGAUCACGUUUGCUCUGAUCUCGGACUUUGAUCCUGUCGAUUCUGCGAAGGAUACGAGUGGAACAUGUCAGAAUGAAACACUAAUGGGUUUAUUCAUGCUGGCCUGGUUCAUCUUCACCACCCUAAUGCUCCUCUGCACUCUGAGGUCCAGUCUUGCGAUGUUUCUCCUGUUCUUCUUCCUGGACAUGAACUACCUUCUACUUGGCAUUGCACAUAUCCAGUGCAGCUCCCACGGCGAGGUUCUUAUUGCAGUUCAAAAAGCCGGUGGACUGUUUGGUAUCUUUGCUGCGUUUGCCGCCUGGUGGAAUGCCUUCGCUGGUAUCGCGGAUACUAGCAAUGGCUUCUUUACUGUACCUCUAGGCCAUUUCCCUUGGUCACCUAUCGUUCACGCUCACCGAACAAAGACGAAGGAGGUGUGA